AUGUCGUACUACAACCAACCCUACGGCCCUGGUGCAGGCGGAGGCGGCGCUGCAUCAAACCUCCAAUUCUAUCCAUCAUCCUACUCGAACGUCUCCGGCCACACGACGCCUUCACAGGCUUCUUAUGGAGGGUAUGGUGGCACCAGUAAUCCCGCCAGUGCAUAUCCAGGGUAUGGUGCAGGCUCCUCCGGAGGCUUUGGGGGUGGACCUGGUAUGCAGGGUGUUAGUGGUCGCAUGGGAGACUCCGGCGGGCUGAGAACAGGCUGGCUCGCGGCGUUUGGGACAGAAGGAUACGAAGGAGAACCGGGAUUGAUGGAGGAGCUUGGGGUAAACUUUGGUCAUAUCAAGACGAAGACACUCACAGUCCUGAACCCAUGGACGCGUCCUUCACCCCACAUCAUGGACGACAGUGAUCUCUACGGGGGUCUGCUAUUCUUGAUUCUUUAUGGGACGUUUCUCGCCCUCUCGGGAAAAUUCUUCUACGGAUAUAUCUACGGCAUUGCGCUCUUUGGGUCUAUGGCUCUACACUGGAUGUUCGCGCUCAUGACACCGCCCAUCGACCCCAACGACUCGGAUCAAAUGGCGCAGGCCCAACGAGAUCAUGGUCAAGAGCCCGGCGGACGUGGCCACGGAGGUCAUUUCUCUAGUACACUGACGUACUCACGAAGUGCAAGUGUUUUGGGGUACUGUUUCCUUCCGCUCGUCUUCACCUCCCUGUUUGGGGUGCUCCUGCCCAUGGACACGGCCAUGGGAUACGUGAUGACGGCGAUGGCGGUAGGGUGGUGCACAUUUAGCAGUUCUGGAAUGUUUGUCAGUGUGGGAAGGAUGAAGGGGAUGAGAGGCCUGGUCGCAUACCCCUUAGCAUUGUUUUACUCGGGGUUUGGGAUUAUGGGCAUCUUCUCGAGCCGGGGGAGUGGCAUGUUGGAAGGGAAAGUGCUUUGA